CUCAAACUUUUCUGCCUGGAACAUCAGCAGCCAGUGUGUGUCGUCUGCAGAGAUUCAGAAACACACUCCAACCACAGAAUCAGACCCAUCGAUGAAGCUGCACGACAACACAGGAAGGAACUUCAGGAAACUCUGGAGCCCAGAGACGCAGAUUAAGGAUCAGUUUAAGAAGCUUCACCAGUUUCUAGAAGAGGAAGAGGAGGCCAGGAUGGCUGCACUGUGGGAGGAAGAGGAACAGAAGAGUCAGAGGAUGAAGGAGAAGAUGGAGGCUCUGAGCAGAGAGAUAGCAGCUAUUUCAGACACAGUCAGAGUCACAGAGGAGCAGCUGAGAGCUGAAGACGUCUCAUUCCUGAUCAACUACAAGGCUGCAGUGGAAAGAGUCCAGCAGCGCCCCCUGCUGGAUGAUCCACAGCUGCUCUCAGGAGCUCUGAUAGACGAGGCCAAACACCUGGGCAACCUGAGCUUCAACAUCUGGAACAAGAUGAAGGACAUGGUCUCCUACACUCCUGUGAUUCUGGAUACAAACACUGCUAAACCCAACCUCAUCCUGUCUGAAGAUCUGACCAGUGUGAGACUAGGAAAGAGACAGCAGCUUCCUGAUAAUCCAGAGAGGUUUGAUAAAUACCACUGUGUCCUGGGCUCUGAGGGCUUUAACUCAGGGACUCACAGCUGGGAUCUCAAGGUUGGAGACAGUACAGACUGGGUACUGGGUAUGUUAGCAGAGUCUGUCCAGAGAAAGGGAGACAAACUGUCUGGAUUAUGGGGAAUAGGAUUCUAUCAAGGCAAAUACUCAGCACGGUCACUACCAGAUCCAGCCACUGAUCUCGUAGUGCAGAAGAAGGUCCAGAGGAUCAGAUUGACUCUGGACUGGAACAGAGGAAAGCUGUCGUUCUCUGAUGCUGAUACUAACACACACAUACACACCUUCACACACACUUUCACUGAGAAGAUGUUUCCAUUCAUUAGCACUUGGGAUAUUGUCUCACUGAAGAUAUCACCAGUGAAGGUUUGUGUGACAGUGGAGCAGAGCAGUUAGAGAUAAAGAGGAUGAUUAUAUUCAUGUUUAUUUAUUAAAGGGAAAAGUCACUGAAUUUAACCUCUUAA